GAAUUGUGUUCAAUAAGGACAAAAAAUAUUGCCUAGUCAUUUUUGUCUACUUCUCUUUUCACCUGACAUGCUGCAUUUGAAAUUUAUUUUGAGUAACUUGUGGUCUGACAUGUACUGUAGUGCAGACCUCUGAACAGACUGUGUGUCUGUGAAUUAGUCCCAGUGUGAGUGGAUUAAUGAGGUACUUUCUGUGCUUUACAACAUAUGAAACGGAGCGGGUUGUCACCGGAGACUCUAAAGGCAAGUGUUACCUGGGCAACAGGGCUCCAGAGAUCCUGCUAUACCUCUGCACAGUGGGCCACAGAAUGUCAUGUGAUAGGAUGAUGAGUAAUCAGUCAUGUGACUGACAUGAUUUGCAUAAAGACCCAGUUACCCCUCUGCUUUGCAUUUGAAACAAAUUUCCUUGAAAGGUUGUAUUUUUUGUUAGGGGACUUUAUUUCAAUGAUGCGUAUGUGUGUGUGUGUGUGUGUGGAUAAGAGUAUGAAUUUGUGCCCUGGUCACAUUAUAUAAGUUUGUGUGUAUUUUUCCAGUGGCCUUUAUAUUGAUGGUUUCAGCCAUUGUAAUGUUCCCUCUCAUUUUCCCAGCUGAAUCAAUAUAGUCCCCAAGGCGUACUUAGCAUGACCACACACACAUACAUACAAUCACACAGUACACACAUAUACUGUUCCAUGACACAAAGCCAAACAAUUAUACAAAUGGACUAGCAACCCGCUAUUAGCAAUUGCUGGUCAUCGUUUCAUGUUUACCCUUGACAAAUUCACACACAGACAGCCAUUUAUCAAACAAAUGAUGGCCUAAACAGGAUCGGCGAGUUUGUGAGAAGAGUGUUGUUUUUAUUGAUCUGUUACGCUCUGAAUCUUGUAGCUGGACGAAUUACAACUAAUGAGGAAUUGGAAGAGAUGCUGGAGACUGGAAACCCUUCCAUUUUCACCUCCGAUAUCAUCUCUGACUCUCAGAUAACUCGUCAGGCCCUUAAUGAGAUCGAAUCUAGACAUAAAGACAUCUUGCGGCUAGAGUCCAGCAUUAAAGAGCUUCAUGACAUGUUUGUGGACAUUGCCAUGCUUGUUGAGACCCAGGGUGAGAUGAUUGACAACAUUGAAAAGAAUGUAACCAAUGCAGUAGAGUAUGUCGGCCAAGCUAAAGUGGAGACCAAGAAAGCUGUGAGGUACCAGACACAGGCCCGCAGGAAGUACAUCAUUCUUGCUCUCAUUGUUUUGGUGGUGCUUGCUGUGGUCGCACUAAUUGUUGGAUUAUCUGUGGGCCUGUCUGUUAAAACCACUACUAACUCCGCCUCCUCCAGCUCUAAUGCAGCCAAUCCUGUCUAAGCAUGGUUUCCAAGGUAGCACCCAGUACUCAAUCAUUAACUAUCUCAUCUACUAUCACUUUGCCUCUAUUUAAAUCCAGUUUGAAUGUGGUGACAGCUUUUUAUGGGAAAGAUUUAAUGGCUCAAAGAUUCAAAUAUGUUUUAAUCAAUGCCAGUUUAUUUGCUUCUAACCAAUUAGAAAAAAAGUGAUGAAAUGCCUUUGAUAACAAAAACGGGUACAUUUACGUUUAGUAAUUAAUUUCAUACAUAGUGAAUUUUUCUCUGUUGUUUUUUUUUUCUGUCUGUCAUAGAAAUUGGUUUGUGUUGCCAUUUGUGGAGCUGUGUGCAGCAUCAUUCUUCUUAUCAUCCUCAUUGGAGUUUACAAUGAUUAGCC